ACGAUGAAGAUUUAAACAACUGUUGCUCUUGAACGAGAGGCUUUUAUUUUAGCUUGACGUCGUGACGUCACGGAGACGGUGCGUGCUGCGUGCGCUGACGAAAGAUUUGGAUCUCCACAGCACAUGUGAUCAACAUCUGGAGUAAAGCUCAUCCCACAUUCGAAGUGAAGCUCCUCCCACCUGAAAUGAAGCCCCUCCCACAGCUGAAGUGAAGCUCCUCCCACAGCCAGAGUGAAGCUGAGGAGGCCAACAGGCAGAAAUCACUGUAAACCAUUGAAGGAUGGAGUUUGUCCGAGUGGUGAUUGGAGACGUGAGUGAUCCAGAACCAUUCACGAUAUUAAAGGAGGACCCCGAGGAACAAAAAGACCCGGUGGAGGUGAAAGAGGAAAGUCAAGAGCUGAAUGAAGUGGAGGAAGAACCUUGUGCGAUCAUAAACAGCUCAGAGACUGGAAAUAAAGGCACGCAGAAAACAGCACUGGUCUGUCCUCACUGCGGAAAGACUUUCAGACAGAGAGGUCAUCUUGAGGAUCACAUCAGGACUCACACCGGAGAGAAGCCUUACGCCUGCCUCCAGUGCGGGAAGAGCUUCACACACAAGGGAAACCUGAAGGAUCACAUGAGGAUUCACUCGGGAGAGAGACGCUUCUCCUGUCAGCACUGCGGGAAGAGGUUCACACAUAAAGCCAACCUCACGGAUCACAUCCGGAUCCACACGGGAGAGAAGCCGUUCUCCUGCGAUCAGUGCGGGAAGAGCUUCACACACGCCACCAGUCUGAAGACUCACCUGCUGUCUCACUCCGGAGAGCGGCCCUUCAGCUGCCAUCAGUGCGGACAGAGCUUCAUCCUAGCGGCGCACCUGAAGAGACACCUGCGGAUCCACACCAACGAGAGACCCCACGUGUGCUCCUUCUGCGGGAAGAGCUUCCUGUGGCUCUGCUACUUCAAAGACCACCAGAAGAAGCACACGGGUGUGAAAGCUCACGUGUGCUCCGAGUGCGGCAGCGCCUUCACGAGAGCCAGCGAGCUGAAGAUGCACCAGAGGACACACACCGGAGAGAAGCCCUACACCUGCUCGUGCUGCGGGAAGAGCUUCGCCGAGUCUGGAAACCUGAAGAAACACCAGCGCGUUCACACCGGAGAGAAGCCCUACCAGUGUCCCUCAUGUGCUGCCAGCUUCAGUCAGUUCAGCCACUUACUGAGACACCUAAAACACCAGAGCUGUCCGAAGCUGACGCAGUUCCUCUUCAGGCCUCCGGGGGAGCAGUCCUCCUCAGCUCAAACACUCACCAUUCACCCGAAGGAGGAGCUUCUGCCACAAUAACACAUCAGACUGAGACAUUAAUAUUUAUAUGAGAAGACUAAGGUGAAGUUUGGGAGCAGAAUGAUUUUUUUAAGUUUUUUUUUUUUUUUUUUUACAGGAGUUUCUUCUUCUCAUCAGGGCUGCAUUUGAAUAAACGCUUUUCUUUUUCUUUUUUAUUUAUCAAAAAAUUCUGAAAUAAGUACCACAGUUUCCAAAGAAAUAUUUGUCAGCACAACCGUUGAUGAUUAUAAUAUUAAAUCAGUAUAUUAGAACGAUUUCUGAAGAUCAUGUGACACUUUAUACUGGAAUAAUUAUGCUGAAAAUACAGCUGCACAUCACAGAAAUAAAUUAUAUUUUAAAAGGUAUUAAAAUAGAAAACAUUAUUUUAUAUUGUAAUAACAUUUUGCAAGAUUACUAUUUUUUUCUGUAUUUUUAAUCAAAUAAAUGCAGCUUUGAUGAGCAGAAGAGACUUCUUUAAAAAACAUCACAAGUCUCACGGACUCCAGACUUUUGAGCGUUAGUGAACGUCCAGCUGACAAACUCUAUAAAAGAAAAAUAAUUGUAUUAAAAAUAAAACAUCUGUCGAUUACUGUAUCUUUUAUUAUAUCGUGUUUUGUCUAAACAGAAGCUGACAUAUCAAACAUCAUCUGAGUGUAAUGUUUAAAAGCAUUUCUUCAGAGUGAAGAUGAAUAGAUGAGAGUUGUUUUCUGUGCAAGAAGAGAAGUUUGGAGCAACGUUGGACACUUCAAAAAAAUAAAAGCUUCAGUGCAUCGCUCUGAACAAAAGACUUAAUAAAAGUGCAAUGCUUGUUCACCUUCAGAAA